AUGACAUACGAACUAGCAAUCGAGAUCUCCGGAGCAGGCGAAGACCCCAACCACCGCUCGCAUUGGGGCUUCGUGAUCCACCAGCCACCACAACCAUUCGGCGACCUAUUGCACGUCCACCUGAUCGACCUCGACAGAUUGUGGUACGACUUCGAGGUGCGAGUCGGGUCCACGAUACCCUCGAUGCAGGCUGUCGGCAAAGUCAAGCUUGCGAGUCUGGAUGCGCGGCAGCGCCACGAGGCGAUCGAAGUUAUCAGUGCGGAGCCGGCACCGAGAGAUGGUAGGAAGAGGUGUCAGGAUUGGGUGUUUGAUGCGUUGCUUGCGCUUGAGGUCAAUGAUCUGGUGCCGGAUGGGUCUUGUCGGUUUUGGAAGGGGAUGGUUGGGAGGGCAGCGAGGGAUGUUCGGGUUGCUGCGGGGGAUAGUUGGACGAGUUUGAAUUAG